UAAUGGGAAUGAACACUUGACCAAUAUCUUGCCAGUUUGUAGUACUUGGUUGCUGAAAACACAUCUGCCCCAUUGUCUUCCACUGGGACUUUUGUGCUGCUGGGGUUUCAUUUUUAGAAAAGAUAAAGUCCUUAAAGGAGAGAACUAUUGGAACUCAUGAUCAUUUCUUUAUGCUGGAGUUUCAUGUCUGCUUUCCGAUUACAAGAUGUAUUGCCUUUUGCUGUUGAUCCUCUUAUUUUGCGGCAAGGUGAAAAGUCAAGAUAAUGUGUUCACUAUCAAUAAAGUUUCACUCCAGGCUUUUCCACAAAAUGAAGUGCGCAAUGGAAACCCACUCAUCCUCAACUGUUCUGUGGACAUUAGCAAGAAUGAACAUUUCCGACUGAAUUACACGUUUUUAUUUUUCAAGGAUGGUGACCUUCUGUUCACUAACACAAUUGAACAAGACAGCGCCCAGUAUACAAUCUCACAGGCUAGAUUUUCUUCUUCAGGAGACUAUGAAUGUUCAUUAAGUGUUGAGGAGAAAAAAAAAUCUAGUGAUCCUUUGACCAUUAAAGUUGAAGGCAUAAUGAAGCCAAUAUUGAGUGUCCAGAGAACAGCAGUGAUGGAAGGUGAAAAUGUACUUUUACGCUGUGAGGUGCCAGAAGAAAAGCCACCUUUUUAUUUCACAUUUUAUAAAACUGCACAGUUGGCAAAUGGAGUUGUACAUGAGAGGAAACGAGGAUCGCAACGUGAAAAUUUUGUUGAGUUAGAAUUCCCCAUCGAUGCUGGAGACAAUAUUUUAUAUUUUGAAUGUGCUGUCCAGAUGAAUUCAAUGACAGGACCUCAAAUCUCAGAGCGUAGUAACCGAACAAUUGUCACCGUUACCGAACCAUUUUCUGUUCCUAAAAUAACCAUCGACCCACCAAAGAAUAUUACUGAAGGGGAUAAGAUCUGUAUAACAUGUUCGACAGUCCUACUUCGCCAGGAUCAAACUGAAAUUAUCUUGCAGAAAAACAAAACAAUUCUGAAUAGCACGAAGGGCAGAGAGACCCUAACCUAUUGCAAGAUAGUCAAGAUGGAAGACAAUGGCAAAUAUAUGUGCAAAGUGGAGCAUGGAAGUGUAUCUAAAACUGACAAAGAAGAACUUGUAGUGGCUGAACUGUUUUCCAAACCAAUAUUAGUGGUUAAUAAAACCAGCUGGGAUGAAAACAGCAUUGUACAAAUUCAGUGUCAAGUGAACGGUCCAAUGCCGAUCAGUCUCUCGCUCAUGAAGGACAACAAAAUAUUGGCAAACUCCAGCACUUACUGGGCUGAGCUCCAUGUAUCUGACACUGGAAUCUAUAUGUGUAGAGCAGAGAUAAACAACAUUUCCAAGGAAAGUGACCCAGUAUUUCUCCGUGUUCACGCUCCAGUUUCUCUGCCUGUCCUUUAUCAACCAGUUUCCCAAAUAGCUGUACUGGAGAAGUUCUUUGUCUUACAAUGCUACUCAAGGUUUGGGACUCUGCCUAUCACAUACACCCUUUACAGAGGGAAUAUACUUAUCAGGACAAUUGUGACCAGAGCAAACAUACCAGCAAACUUUACGGUCAAAGCGACUAGCAUCCACGAGUCUGGACAAUACAGAUGCCGUGCUAACAACGGCCACUCUCUUUCGCAACAAAGCAAAAGACUAAAUGUCACAAUAAUAGCUCCAGUUGUUAACAUAACUUUUGAAAGAGAACCACAGGAGAACAUAGAAGAUGGCAAUGAACUCUUAUUUUUCUGCUCGGUUAAAUCAGGAUCCUUCCCUGUUGAGUUCCACUUUUUUAAAGAGAAUGACGCCAAAUCGUUACAUCAUGUCACAGAAAAUAAAAAGCUAUCAGUUAUUUGGCACAAGCGAAGCUUCACAAGCCAGGACGAAGGAAGUUACUUCUGCAGAGCUGACAACCAAGCAAACUCUUUUGUGGAAAGCCAGAAGAUCCUGAUCAAGGUUGUCAUGGCUUCGUGGAAGAAAGGACUUAUUGUAGCCACAAUCCUCCUGAUUUUUCUUGCUGCUAUAAUUACAAUCGUUUGGUUGAAUUGUCGUUUGAAAGCAAAGGGUAAAAACUACCUUAAAAAUCUUUACGUAGUAAUUUAUUGUUUUUUCCCCCCUUAUCAAGCGAAAAACAUUUCUACGGAGUUGUCUGUAUCCAAAAGAGCAACCAAUUCAGUGGAUGGGAAACUGACAACAGGACACAAUAAUGAAGGAGAAUUCUAUUAUGGUUCGGGGCAUAAUGAAGACGGUGAAAAAAAUCACAUCAGUGCAAAAGAGGAUAAUAGAGGAUCUGACCUUGAGGCUCCUGAAGUGGAAUAUACGGAAGUACAAGUAUCAGUGCCUGACCCUUAUCGAGCUCCUGUAAUGAAUAAUGAGACAGUUUAUACUGAAAUCAGAAAACCUAUUAAUGAUGCUGAGGAGAACAGACAUUCUAGAAUAGAACCUUCUCCUGACGGGACUUAGGAAAAGGUGGCAGAGGAAAUCCAUGAAAACAAGAUGGAGGAUGUCUUACCAGUUCCAGUUAUUCUGCAGCAUUUAGGUGCUUUCAGAAGUCGCACUUUGCUUGAGCGGUUGGUAACCCCUGUGGGGUGAACCGAGCAUCCACAGUAUACAGUACUUUUGCUGUCUGCCAUUGCCAUCCCAUAACAUAGUGAGGCACACUUUCCAAAUGUUCCAUAUUUUCUUCAAUGCCAUUCUAAAUGGAAGCACAUAUUUACAAGAAGUAUUUGCCAUCUCAGUUGGUUGUUCUGAAUCUUUCAAGCCAGAAAAUAUACCUGCCAGAUACAGUACAUUUUCUAGUGGUGACUUCCCUGUCCCAGAAAACCAUGCAAGCAUUCUGGCAAUGAAUUUGCAGGCACAAACACUGCUGGUAUCAACAUUUCAAAGCAGUGGCUUCCAGACUGAAAUGUGGUCUACACAAAAACGUCUUUCACAUGGGAAAGCAAAAUGUGUAACGUUUCGUGUCACUUUUGCACCAUCAAUGAAAUGUUUCUGUGCUCCUUGGCCAGAUAAGUGGUAAGAAAUGUUUAUUCAUGUGCCUGUCUCCUGUCACAAAUAUCCGUUUCCAAUGGACCAUAAAAAUGCCCUUAAAGGAGUUGCCAUUUGAAAUGUGCAAUUAGCUAUUGUUUGCUCUAAUGAAUAGUUCUCCUAUUACAUCUGACUCCUCAGAGCUAAACAUGUCCCAUAAGAACCAAAUGCCAUUCUGACAAUAGCGUUUAAAUAAAUACA